CAGUGUGUUGGGCAGGGUUUGGGAAUUAACGGGCGUACUGUAGCAGUUAUUUUAAUCACUUCGAUCAAAACAAACAGUGAUUUAUCGACUACACUUCAGGCCUCGGCCUCAAGGUGGGGCAGAGCAAAGUGGGUGGUGGGGCAGGAAGGCCCAGCCCCCCAUCCUGACAAGAGGCCAGCUUCUGCUCCAGUAGCCCAUAGCCCCUUCAGGACCGAGCAGGGACCAUGAGCACAGGCAAGCCCAGUGGAAUCAAGCCUCCCAGCAAGAUAAGCAGGCCAACUGGGUUACCAACACGCACCUCCCCUUCUUCUGCUGCUCCAAAGCCUGUUCCUCCUGAGAAGUCUCCCACCCAGGAUGGAGCAAUGGAUUACCAGGUGGGGGAGAAGGUGUGGGUCAACGGCAACAAGCCAGGAUACGUCCACUUCCUGGGGGGCACGCAGUUUGCCCCAGGUCAGUGGGCCGGCAUCGUCCUGGAUGAGGCCAUCGGAAAGAACGACGGGUCGGUGGCGGGGGUCCAGUACUUCCAGUGCGAGGACGGCAGAGGUAUAUUCACACGGCCCUCCAAGCUGACCAAGACAGCCAUGCCAGAGAUGGAGGCCAACUGUGGGCAGCCUAACCCUGGCGAGACAGGAGCAGACUCCCCUACCAUUGCUGCUGCUGGGGCUGCUACUACCACUGGUAACAGCACCAAGACACCGCUGAGUAGAACCGUGACGGGCAGUGGGUCAGUGUCCAACCUCUCUGAGACGGACUCAGCCAAGAAGACCAGAAGUGAACUGAGACUGGGAGACCGCGUGCUGGUGGGGGGUAAUAAGGCAGGGGUGGUGAGGUUCAUGGGGGAGACAGAGUUUGCCAAGGGGGAGUGGUGUGGAGUGGAGCUGGACGAACCACUUGGGAAGAAUGAUGGAGCCGUGGCUGGAUCCAGGUAUUUCCAGUGCCUGCCGCGGUACGGCCUGUUUGCGCCGGUCCACAAGGUGACUCGUAUCGGCUUCCCCAGCACCCUGGCUAAAGCCAAGGCCUCCUCACGGAGACGCUCCGCCAUGAAGAGGAGUCCUAGCGCCUCCUCCAUGAGCUCCCUGAGCUCUGUCACGUCCUCUGUUAGUGGGAAACCCAGCCGUGCUGGCCUGCUGACCGAGACCUCGUCGCGGUAUGCACGUAAGAUCUCUGGCACUACAGCGCUACAGGAAGCCCUGAAGGAGAAGCAGCAGCACAUCGAGCAGCUAUUGGCCGAGAGGGACAUGGAACGCGGGGAGGUCGCCAAGGCAACCAGCCAUGCUGGGGAUGUGCAGCAAGAACUGUCACUGCUCACGAAUGUUCAGGAGCAGUAUGCUAUGGAGAUGGAGGCUAAGCUAGACCAACUGCGUAAACUGGUGGAGACGGCAGACAGAGACAAGGUGGAGCUGCUUAACCAACUGGAGGAGGAGAAGAGGAAAGUGGAAGACCUGCAGUUCACUGUGGAGGAAGCUUGCAUCACUAAAGGUGACCUAGAGACGCAGACCAAACUGGAGCAUGCCCACAUUAAGGAGCUUGAGCAGAGCCUUCUGUUUGAAAAGACCAAAGCUGACAAACUGCAGAGGGACUUAGAGGACACUAGGGUGGCCACAGUGUCUGAGCGGUCCAGGAUCAUGGAGCUGGAGAGAGAGGUAGUGGAGCUGCAGUUGAGACUACGGUCCUCCCAGCAGACAGAGGGCGCUGUGUCGCUGUCACCAGAGGAGCUCAGCAACCUCAAGGCCCGGGCCCAGUCCCAGGAGAAGAAGAUCAGUGAAAUGAGUGUGGAUCUGGACAACAGGCAGAAACAGAUUCGCUCUGUGGAGGAGGACAAAAUCUCCCUGGAACAGCAGCUAACCAGCCUGAGACAGAAACUGGACGCUGCAGAGGAAGACAACAAGACGAUGGCACAAACCAUGCAUGAGCUGGAGAAGAGAGUGGAGCAGGCGGGAAAAGAGAGAGAGGCACAGAGAGAAGAGAACCAACGCAAAGAGAAAGUGCUUCAGGAUAGACUGACGGAGGCUGCUGAGUUGUCAGAAAGGACCACCAACUUCCUGGAGCAUCUGACCAAUGAGAAGACGGCGCUGGAGGCUCAGCAGGUGGCGCUGAAACAGCAGAAUUCCAAAUUCCAGGAGGACCUUAGUCUCUCGCAGGAGCAGAGCAGCUUGGAAAACCAGCGCAUCGGAAAUCUGUGCAAGGAAAUUGAGGAACUGAAGCUGGCCAGUCAGAAGUCUCAGUACCAGCCAGACAUGAAAGACAGGGAAACUCUGUCCAACCAGGUGACAGGGGAGGAGAGAAACUUCCAGAAGACAGAUAAGGACAAGGAGCUGGAGACUCUGAGGAAUGAGAUUGCGGUGCUGCGAGGUGAGAACGCCAUGGCCAAGAUGCUGCAGUCUGCCGUGGAGGCGCUGGAGAGAGACAAGUCCCAACUACAGGGAUCUGUCACCAGCCUUGAGCAGAGGCUCAUGGGACAGCAGGCCUCCGAGGGAGGGGACAGUGGAGUGCCUUCCUCAGGUGACGCAGCUCUGGACCAGCUGAGAGAAGAGAAGGAGUUUGCAGAGGGACAGAUUAACUUCCUGAACAGUGUGAUCGUGGACCUGCAGAGGAAGAACGAGGAGUUGAAGGUGAAGCUGAAGAAGAUGGUUCUUGCUGAGUUCAACGGCAACGACGGCACUGACGGUUUUGAAGAGGGUGGAUCUAAGAAGGACAAGAAGGCUCCUCCUCGUCUGUUCUGUGAUAUCUGUGACUGUUUCGACCUCCAUGACACCGAGGACUGUCCCACCCAGGACCAGAGCCCUGACUCAGUGCCCCACUCUUCCUUCAAGGGCAAGCCCGCCGACCAACGGCCAUACUGCGACAUUUGUGAGGCCUUUGGUCACUCCACAGAGUCCUGCCAGGACGACCAGACCUUCUAGACACACUCCCACCAACAGUAUCCCUCCCCUGCAAGGCCCUAGCUUAGGUCCAGGCCCUGCACAGACAGCCAAACACCGACCAGACUCUCUCUGGGUUUUUGUAUCGUAUUUAUGUACGUCACAGUCCACUUAGAUAACUCUAAAUCCCCCACUACGUAAGACUCUCCUACUACUUCUACUACUUCCUCUCUCUAACUCUUCUCCUCCCUCUCCUCUCCUCCCUCUCAUUUUACA